AUGCCCCUCUUCACCUUCGUCGGUGUGGACUCGCCUCUGCCCCUGGAUAAAAUCACUGUGGACGAUUUGGCUCCGGCUAUCCCUGUGGUGGGGGGUCCCCAUGACUCUGAGCUCCCCGCUCCUGCGGCCCCACACAACCUUCGGCAAAUCCAGUCAAGUCUUCCUAACCCACGCAAUCUCACCUCCCUCCGUCGAGUGCCACAGUAG